AUGUUAAAUGCCGGUUGGGGCGUAUUCGCCUGCAGGAAGCAUUUCAAAGGCUCCUUCUUGCUCGUCUAUCACGGCGUUUUAAUCAAAGAAGAUGAGGCACGGCGUCGAGAGAAAACCUACGACAAGAAAAAGAAAGGCUCCUUCAUGUUUUAUUUCAAACACAACACUAGCACCCUAAGUGUUGAUGCCACCAAAGACACUGGCACACUAGGGAGGCUGGCAAACGACGCGUGGAAUGGUGCAGACAACUGCCUAAUGAAAAAAGUUUUAGCAGCAGACGGGAGUCCAGCCCUCUGUCUUUUUGCCAAACGUGAUAUAAACAUUGGCGAAGAACUACGCUAUGACUAUGGAGUAGAUGAUCUACCUUGGCGAUCUCAAAAGAAUGAUACAUCUCGUACAGGUAUUCAAACACCAUCUGACUGCCCUGACCAACAUAUGAAACAAAAGAAUGAUAAAUCGGAGGGUAGGAACAUAGAAGCAACAACAACCGAGGACAAAACGGCGUCCAAGAAUCAAGCGACGACCGAAAACGGCUACAGGCCAGCCCUGAUGAAGUCGACAAGCGACCAAGUAGCCUCCAAAAUGGAGAAACAAUACCACAUUCAAGUACCAGAGAGUUCACGUUCAUCUGCUCUCACACAGGGACAUUGCCAAGUCAUAAAGAAAAAGGAACGUGAAUCGAAGACUACGACGGCGCAAGACUGCAUUGCUCAAACUACCCUGGUCCCCAUGGUGCCGAAAAGUGCAGUUGUUGUGCAACCUAGGAAAGGUAGUAAAAUGAAACCACGACCAACGCAUGAAUAUAGGGCUUCGAAGAGGCAGAGAAGAUCAAGCUCAGGCCAUGACGGGGCUUCAUUGCCAGAAACCCACAAUUGCCCUGCUCAGGUGCAGAGACACGUUACCCCAGUCUGCAAGAACAAGAAGGAGCCAUCAGAAACAACGAAUGAUCAGGUCCGCACUUCAAAGGUCACAAUUGCUGUAGAGAGUACAACAGCCAUGCAGCCAAAAAUAUGUAAAAAGGUCAGGCCACAAACCAACCGGAACAUUAUGGCUAUCGAAAGGCAAAGGACAGCUAUCGGAGCCAGCUCAGCACAGGGCACGGUUCCAUUGGGAGAAACCCAAAGUAUGCCUCCCACGGCACAGAGCCAAGUUACCCCGUUUGUUACAAUGCCUACAGGUCACAGUGAAACUACUCAGGUCCCCGUGGCGCCUCACACACCAGCUGUUGUGCAAAUUAAGAAACGUAAGAAAAUCAGACCACCACCCAACCAGACCAGUAUGGCUAUCGAAAGGCAAAAUACCUAUAUCGGAGCCAGCUCAGCACAAGGCACGGCUCCAUUGGGAGAAAACCAAAGAAUGCCUUCAGCGCAGAGCCAAGUUACCCCGUUUGUUACAAUGCACAGGGAUCAAAGUGAAAUUACUCAGGUCCCCGUGGCGUCACACAAACCUGCUCUUGCGCAAGCUACGAAACGAACGAAUGUCAAAGUACCACCAUCCAAGAAUAAUGCAACUUUAAAAGAACAGCAGACCGAUGUUAGAUCCAGUUCAGCCCAAGGCGUGGCUCAAUUGCCUGAAUCGCCCAGUUUGUAUGACCAGGCACAAAUACGCGUUCCUUUGAUUCUCAAGAAAAGGGAAACUAUAUCGAAGUUCGCAGAGGCUACGGUCCCCAUGUCAUCAGAGGGAUCGGCAGUUGUGCAGACUCAGAAAGGUAGGAAAAUAGAAGCAACAACAACCCAGGACAAAACGGCGUCCGAAAAUCAAGCGAUGACCGAAAUCGACUACAGGCCAGCCCUGAUGAAGUCGACAAGCGACCAAGUAGCCUCCAAGUUGGAGAAACAACAUCUCAUUAAAGUACCAGAGAGUUCAUUUUCAUCUGCUCUCGCACAUGGACAUUGCCAAGUCUUAAAGAAAAAGGAACGUGUACCGAAGACUUCCAGGACGCAUGACUAUAAUUCUCAGACUACCCUGGUCCCCAUGGUGCCGAAAAGUGCAGUAGAGGUGCAACCAAAGAAAAGUAGUGAAGUGAAGCCACCACCAACGCAUGACUAUAGGGCUUCAAAGAGGCAGAGAAGAUCAAGCUCAGACCAUGGCAGGGCUCCAUUGCCAGAAACCCCCAGUGGCCCUGCUCAGUCGCAGCGACACGUUACCCCAGUCUGCAAGAAAAAGAAGGAUCCAUCUGAAACGACAAAUGAUCAGGUUCGCAAUUCAAAGGUCACCAUGGCUAUGGAGAGUUCAACAGCCACACAGCCCAAAAAAUGUAAGUAG